GUAUCCACGUCUUUACCUCGUAUCUAGCCAUACAGGCAAGAUCCAUUCCCCACCAUUACCAACAAACCAUCCAGUUCCUAAACAGGUCUUCACGAUAUACAAUAUGGCUCUCGCUAGAAGCAAGGCGACCAACAGGCGGAUCACGCACGCCCAGCCCAGCUCGCCGAGAACGGAUUCUACUUCUGCCAUCGCUGAAAACAGUCAAGAACAAAAAGAAGCUUACGCUGCGUUCUGGGUUGGAAUGAAACAGGAGUGGGAGAAGAAGGUGAACAAGGCUACCGACAAAGAGAUCGCGGAGUACAAAAAGAAAACGGGCGAGAUCAUCAAGCGACACAAUCAUAUGAUCAAGACUCACGCAGAGGAAACUACCGAGGCCUACACCAAGAUCGUCCGUCAACUCGAACCCGUCGACUCCGAGAUCGACAAGUAUAAGAAAGAGCUUGCAGACCUUCUUCAACGAAAACAAGAUCUGGUUGCUACUCUCGUAGCCCAGACCAAGGAGCUCUUCGAGGAGACUGAUGAGAUGGUAGAAGGAUGCGUGCAAGCUUUGGAAGAUAUCGUUCUCGGGAUCUCGGCCAGACCGGCUCAAAAGACGGAGGGUCUGAUCGGGAAGCAUCUGGAGGGCGAUGUGCAGGACGAGAUUCGAUCGAUCAAGAACAAGGAGGAAGCGAACGAGCAGGUCGGCGAACAGGAUCAAGAUGAUGACGCCAUGGAGGAGGACUAGCGGAUUCGUUACCAAUUUUCAUGAGACGCGACA